AUGGCGGCAUCGGACGCGGCGUCUGCUCCUUCUGUGCCCCCUGCCCCUUCUGCAACGCCACCAGACCCACCAGCCAACAACCUUACUGAGACGCAAAAACAACGCUCGGUAGUGGUGUCGCUCACACCGGCAAGGCAGCGGGAAACCUGGGCGAAGAAGGCGGAGUUCCUACUGGCGGUCGUCGGUUUUGCAGUGGACUUGGGGAACGUCUGGCGGUUUCCUUAUAUUUGCUACCAGAAUGGAGGAGGCGCUUUCCUGAUACCUUACUGCGUGAUGCUGCUGUUCGGAGGUCUUCCGUUGUUCUUCAUGGAGCUGGCUUUGGGGCAGUAUCAUCGUUGCGGCUGCCUCACCCUUUGGAAGAGAAUCUGUCCGGCUUUGAAAGGCGUCGGUUAUGCAAUCUGCAUGAUCGAUAUAUACAUGGGCAUGUAUUACAACACAAUAAUCGGCUGGGCUGUGUACUACUUGGUGGCGUCUCUGGCUUCCAUCAACUCCGUGCUCCCUUGGACAAGCUGCAACAACGAGUGGAACACCCCGCUGUGCACACCUGUCACUGCGCCUCAGAUCAACCCUAACAGUUCUACACCCGCGAAGGAGUUCUUUGAACGUAACGUCUUAGAACAGCACAGAUCGAACGGCUUGGACUACAUGGGUCCGAUAAAACCUUCACUCGCUUUGUGCGUUUUUGGAGUCUUCGUGUUAGUUUAUUUCUCGCUUUGGAAGGGAGUGAGGAGUGCUGGAAAGGUGGUUUGGGUCACAGCUUUAGCUCCGUAUGUGGUUCUUUUAAUUUUGCUCGCAAGAGGCGUUACUCUACCAGGAGCUACAGAAGGCAUCCGUUAUUAUCUGACUCCUGAAUGGCACAAGCUUCAGAAUUCUAAGGUCUGGAUUGAUGCGGCCUCGCAGAUAUUCUUCUCUCUUGGCCCUGGAUUCGGAACGCUCCUGGCUCUCUCAAGCUACAACAAGUUCAACAACAACUGCUAUAGGGAUGCCAUCAUCACCUCCUCUAUAAACUGCCUCACAAGUUUCCUGGCGGGAUUCGUAAUCUUCUCCGUUUUGGGGUACAUGGCACACGUUCAAAACAAAAGCAUUGAGGAAGUGGGGCUCGAAGGACCAGGUCUGGUAUUCAUCGUAUACCCUGAAGCUAUUGCUACUAUGACUGGAUCCGUCUUCUGGGCCAUUAUAUUCUUCCUAAUGCUCAUUACCCUUGGACUUGACAGUACUUUUGGAGGUCUUGAAGCGGUCACAACAGCCCUGUGUGACGAGUACCCGCGGGUGCUGGGCCGGAACCGGGAGAUGUUCGUCGCAGUUCUGCUACUUUUCAUCUAUAUCUGCGCUUUGCCUACCACUACUUAUGGAGGAGUAUUCCUGGUGGAUCUUCUAAACGUGUACGGUCCUGGGCUGGCUAUUCUGUUCGUGGUGUUCGCGGAGGCCGCUGGUGUCUGCUGGGUAUACGGCGUGGAUCGCUUCUCUGAAGACGUAAAGAGCAUGCUAGGGCACAGCCCCGGCUGGUUCUGGAGAGCCUGCUGGUCUUAUAUCAGCCCCGUGUUCCUGCUAGUUCUUUUCGUGUUCUCCGUCCUCGCUCACCAGGAGAUGCUUGGCGGGGAGUACACUUACCCACCCUGGUCCAUCACGGUGGGCUGGGUGAUGACCGGCACCACUGUAUCUUGCAUACCGCUCUACAUCGUUUACAAGUUCAUCAUCACUCCCGGCAGCUGCCUGCAGCGUAUAAAAACGAUCAAACGUCCCCAAGAAACAUCCAUACCCCCAUCGGAUCCAGCAAUCUGCACGCUGUGA